AUGGCGGCGUCUCGUCGCUCUUCCCAGCAGCAAAAGCAGAGCAUAUCCUCGCCACCUCGCAGUACUUCUCUUUCACUCACUCCUCCGGGAUCUCCUCCCGUUCCCGGUGGUGGAAUAAUUUCGGUACCAGUGGGUGCUGAAGUAGACAGCGCUGGGGAUCCAGAGUUAACUCCGGCCUCCCCCGAUAUCCCCGCCCCGGCCCUGAGCAGUAGCAGCAGCUCCACUACCACCGGGGGUAGCAGCAGCGCUGGCUCGAGUCCUGACUCCGGUAGCAAUAGCAGCCCCGGGGGCAGCGACUGCGGGACAAGCGGGGCUUUCAGAGAGCUGUUUGAAGCCUGUCGCAAUGGGGACGUAUCGCGGGUGAAGAGGUUGGUGGAUACGGUUAACGUGAAUGCCAAGGACAUGGCUGGGCGAAAAUCCACUCCGCUACACUUCGCUGCAGGUAACGUCGAUGGCGAAUGCUCGCUAUGAGCUGGUUUGUUUAGCUUACAUAGUUAGCCAACUACUUGAGUAGAUUGCUAACUAUCUAACUAGCAACAUUUUCUUACACUAACUUUUGCAAGAUCGAUUGCUCAGAUAGUUUGUUAGCCAACAAACUUCGCGUACUAGUUCGGUAACGUUAGCCUAGCUAGGUUAGGCUAGCUUGUCGAAAAUGCUGAGCCAGUUAGCCAACAUUUUGAGUCAGAGAGGGGUUGGCAAGUACCUCAACUCCACAAUGAUUUCAUCCACGGAGUUAAGAGCAGAUGCGUUUUUUAAAUGAACCUCCGACUCCUUCGAGUCGAUAUGCACUAGAUACUUUAAUAAAAAAUAAAUAAAAAUAUAGCUAAAACCGUACCAUAUACCUAUGUUUGUCCUCUAUUGUUGCGUGCGUUUUCUUAAUUUUCUGAAAUCCACACUUUUUAAUAAAACGAUAAUCAAAUUUAACCACCGACUGUUUCCUUGUUGAGAUUCACUGAGUUGCCACCUUAGAGAAAAAGCAUUGAGGAAACAGUCUGGUGGUUGUAUUUAUUAAUAUGCACGUUUUAUUAAAAAGUAUGGAUUUAAGCAAACAAAGAAAGGUAUGCUACAACAGGACAAAGUCUAUCGACACCAAGGAGUCAGAGGUUCAUUAAAAAACGUUCGUCUGUGCUCAACUCCGUGGAUGAAGUCAUCGUGGAGUUGAGGAUCUAUGGGAGGGGGCACUGUAUUAGCCACCAAGUUGUAAGCAAAACUCACAGGCCUUUCCAGGCAGCCAGCAUCAUUUGGAAUGAAUCUAAAACAAGUAUAACUAACUAUCUAGUUAGUUGGCUUGGUAAGAUAUGCUUGCAUUAAACCAGGAACUUAAAACAUGGCAGACAUAAUAAACAAACCAUACUGAGUUAGUAGAUGUGACACAACCAGUAUGUCUUCUCAUAAAAAACUAUAAAAUAAAUAUGUUAAACAAUGAUUGCAGGUUGUGUUUCACAGUUUUAGAGACCCAUUUGUGUAUGGAUGACAAACACACCUUACACAAUCUUUCCACUUUUUAGGAUUUGGGAGGAAGGAUGUUGUGGAGCACCUCCUUCAGACAGGUGCCAACGUUCAUGCCCGUGAUGACGGAGGUUUGAUCCCUCUGCAUAACGCCUGCUCCUUUGGUCAUGCUGAGGUGGUCAGCCUGCUCCUCUGUCAGGGUGCUGACCCAAACGCCCGGGACAACUGGAACUACACACCUCUCCACGAAGCUGCCAUCAAGGGCAAAAUAGACGUGUGCAUCGGUAAGAAACAUCUAUGA